CUGGAUCCUGUUUGUUCUGAUUGUUGGAGUCAUCGCUGUCGCAGUGUGGUACCUUCGGAAAUUACAGAAUGAGAUUCAUGGCCUCAGGGAAUCUAAAGAUUUGCAUGAAUAUCUAAAGCUGAUGGAAGAAGUCAAGCAAGAUAAAAUGAAGACAGAUAAAGAGUAUAUAAGACUUCACCAGGAGAUUGAGAUGGCUAAGCAAAAAGGGAAACAAGAAUGUAAGAUGCUUCAGCAGGAGUUUGAAAAGGAGAAGGCCACCAUUUAUGCAGAACAUGUGCAGUUCAGGAAAGAAGUUGAUGAAGCGAGGGAGUCAGACAAAGCAGAUUACCGGAAGCUACUCACUAAAUUUGAGCAAUGGAGGCCUCUGGUCCAGUCAGAGUGGAACAGGAUACGGAGCCAUGCAGCCAAUGUAAAGAUGGACCCUGAAACAGCCAACGCGUGUCUGACGGUGUCUCCAGACGGGCAGAGUGUGAAAGCUGGCAAAGCACAGAAUGUCCCCGACAACCCAGAGUGGUUCGAAUCUGUCCCGUACGUGCUGGGCUCAGACGGUUUCACGAAGGGUGCCCAUUACUGGGAGGUGAAGGUAGCUGACAAGGCCUACUGGGAUGUGGGCGUCGCCGAUGGAUCAGUCCAGCGGAAGGGCAUGCCUAACCUGUGCUCCGAUGCGGGAUUCUGGACAAUCGGACGGGAUGGUGAACCGUAUGGAAUAAGUGAUGCUGAACGCUCCAAAAUCACUGUAACGACCAGGCCUCAAACAAUCGGAGUGUUCUUAGAAAUGGAGGCAAGAAGGGUGUCUUUUUACAAUGCUGAUGACAUGUUCCACCUCUACACAUUUAAAGGCAACUUCUCAGAGAAAGUCUACCCGUUCUUUUGGCCUGGCUGGGAGAAGUCACCCUUAACUAUUUGUCCAGUUAAGAACUAGUUAACUCUUGUAUCAUUGUACUUUAAUGAAUUGAUCUUAUCCAAGUAUUUUUGGCCAACCAGUGACUCACUAACAUGUACUCAAGAAGUUUUUAUACUUUUAAAGUACCUUUCAAAUGGUCUGUAACUGUGAGCUUCAUGGCAAAGCAGUAACCAAGAUCAGAUGCACAUUGGUCAGGAAUCCAUAAUAUGGCCAGUUUCUAUGGGCAACACACUGAUCAGAUUCUUUGAUUGGCCAAAGUUUCAACGUGGAGACAUCCAAAAAAAGCUCAGCCUCCGAGGAUUUCUACGUCAUAGUGAAACAAAAUGACACAGAAAGAACCACCAUGAGCUUCACAAGCCAAGGAACUCUCAUCAGCUUGUGUUCGUUUGAUGCAUAUGUCAGAAAAAGAACACCUGCCCAGAUGUUUCUCACAUCAAUGCAUCUAAAGUCAGUUUAAGUUGUUUGAAGGUGGAAAAUUACGACAGUGGUGGCUUUUUUGAUAACUGGAUGUUUAAUAUUGUAAAAUAAGAGAGAAAAAACAAAAUUAUAAUGUUAUUCAGCUCACUACUCAUGUCCCUAAUGUGAGCAAAAUACCAUCCAGCCCAUUCAGGAACAAUGGGGGCUGUUGUAUAUAAAUCAUGUUGUACCACCCAUGCACUGCACUCAAAGGGCUAACAGAUGAUUGUUUUUCUAUGUAAUUCAUUGAAUUUUGUAAUGUGCUAUUUACAAGAUGCUACUUACAAUAUCCAUUCAUGACUUGAAUGAGGAAAAUUCAAUCACAGCAAGUGGGAGUGCAAGUGUUGAGUACCUGGGAUAGAGGCUCUGGUUAACAUUGUUUCUUCUUAUUUGUUCAUGGAAAGUGGGCAUCACUGGCUAGACCAGUAUUUAUUGCCCACCCCUGUUUGCCUAGAGGGCAGUUAAAAAUAAAGCGCAUUGCAGGCUUGUGGGAUCACAUGUAGGCCAAACCAGGUAAGGACAGCAGUCACCUUCCUAAAGUGUGGAGGUGCCGGGAGUUGGUCAGGGAUGGACCAGGGCAGAGGACACGUGACACCAUGUUGUAGUCUUAUAGGUCUGUCUGAAAUCACAAGCUUCGGGAACACCGCUCCUUCAUCACUUCACCUGAUGGGGUUGGACACUCACCUGGUGUCAUGUGACUUCUGACCUUGUCAUUCCCAAAGGGCAUUAGUAAAAUAAGUGAGCUGAAGUGGCACUCCUUAACUAGAGUCAGAUGUCUGGGUUUAAAUCUCUCCUGCUCUGAAAUGAUGUCACAGCAUGUCUGAACAGGCUAAUUAAAAGUUACUACAAAGUAGCGUUGAUAACUCAGCACCAUCUUCUGUGGACAGGACUAUUGCCAAAUAAAAAUUUUAGAAAUCGAUCACAUCCGAAUAAAUGUGAAAGAGGAAUCUUUUAAA